GAAAGAUAGCAGGGUGAUCUGUCACACUCUCUCAGUCCAACUCACCUCACAGGAUUGUUGCUGUCAGAAAAAUAAAAGGAAGAUAUAUUGAAUCUAUGUUCUGCUUUAAGUUAUAUGCAAAACUAAUAAAGUUGGGAUAUAAAUAAAUAUAGAAGAAACAGAUGUGGAAAGUGCCAAUCAGCCAAGGUACCCCAAUUUUCCUCCCCUCCUUCAUGCAAAAGAGGCCUUUGUAUUUUCCAGUACUCCCCAAAUGCAAUAAAGGCACCACUGGAUGGAACUGUAGAAGUGAGAAAACAGUGCUGGGAACAAGUACAUGCAAGCUUUUGUGAUUAUUUUCUUCAAUUAACUGCUGCCACGGGGAUAUGUUCUUCUUGAAAGUCUAAGAGUAAUAAAAGUUCCAUUGGAAAAGUUAGUAACAGGGAACAAGAUGGACAAUCUAAUAAAUGGAACAAAUGAAGUAUCUACCACCACUGAAUAUGACUAUAGUGAUAUGGUAACACCAUGCCAAGCGAAGGCUGUCCAAAAAUUUGGUUCCAAUAUCCUGCCAACCCUUUAUUCUUUGGUGUUCAUCUUUGGUCUUUUGGGUAACAUGCUAGUUGUACUGAUUCUAAUCAAAUAUAAGAAAUUCAAGAGUAUGACUGAUAUAUACCUAUUAAAUUUAGCCAUUUCUGAUUUACUUUUCAUUUUCUCAAUCCCAUUUCGGAUUCACUAUGUAGUAGAUGAGUGGGUAUUUGGAGAUGCAAUGUGCAAAAUUAUUUCUGGAAUCUACUUUUUAAGCUUCUACAGUGGAAGUUUUUUCAUAAUCCUCUUGACUAUUGAUCGGUAUUUGGCAAUAGUCUAUGCAGUGUUUGCAUUAAAAGCCAGAACUGUAUUCUAUGGCAUCAUCACAAGCAUUAUUACCUGGGGCCUGGCAAUUCUAGCCUGUUCACCAGGAAUAAUCUUUAAUACUGCACAAGGAGAAAAUGAGAGGAUAACAUGCUCUUUUCAUUUUCCUCAUCAAAGUCACUUUGUAUGGAAUAUGUUCUUUACAUUGGAACUGAACUUCAUAGGCUUGAUUUUUCCGAUGAUGGUUAUGACUUUCUGUUAUGCAUGCAUUAUAAACACUUUGCUGAGGUGCAGAAAUGAGAAGAAGAACAAAGCAGUCAGGCUUAUUUUUAUCAUAAUGAUUGUUUACUUUCUUUUCUGGGCCCCAUAUAAUGUUGCUCUUCUGAUCCAGUUGUUCCAAAGUGAUUUAUCCCUUGAUAACUGCAGCAAGUUAAGUAGUAUUGGUAUAGCAAUUCAAGUGACCGAAACACUUGCAAUAGCUCAUUGUUGUAUCAAUCCUGUGAUCUAUGCUUUUGCUGGUGAGAAAUUUAGAAAAUAUACUAUUAUCUUUUUCCGAAAACAUGGUGGUCACCAUCUCUCAAAAUACUGUAUCUUUCUAUAUCGAGAACCUCUGGAACGGGCCAGUUCCACGUAUUCUCAUUCUACUGGAGAACAAGACAUUUCAGCAGUCUUGUAAAGCAUAUAUUUAGGGGGGAAAAUGAGUGUUUUUUAUUGGUGCAUUUUUAUGGACCUCUUCAAUACAGGUAGUUCUCAACUUAUGACCACAACUGCCCAACAUUUCUACUGCUGAGUGAGACAUUUGUUAAGUGAGUUUUGUUCCAUUUAACGACCUUCCUUGCCACAAUUAAGUAAAUCACUGAAGUUGUUAAGUUAGUAACAUGGUUAAGUGAAUCUUCCCCAUUGAUUGACUUUACUUGUCAGAAGUUGGCAAAGGGGAUCAUAUGACCCAGGAACACUGGAACCUUCAUAAAUAUGAAUCAGUUGCCUAGUAUCUGAAUUUUGAUCAUGUGAUCAUGGGGAUGCUGCAAUGGUCAUAAGUCAAAAAUUAUCAUAAAUCACUUUUUUCAGUGCCAUUGUAAUUUCAAAAGGGUCACUAAGUGAACAGUUGUAAAUCAAGGACUACCUGUACUGCAUUUAAAAAUUCCUUUCAAAGGAGUCAAUACAACUUUGAUGUGAAAGGAUAUGUUGAAAGGUAUGGAUAAAGAUUUGUUUUGCUAUGUUAAUUCACAAACCAACCAUAUAUCAAUGUUCAUAUAACAUCAGUUGAAUAAUUAUAAAUGUAAUAAGGCAUUUUGCAAUAAGAGCAUUUGAGAUAAGUUUUUUUAAAUUUUUUAAAUAUUUUAUUAUGACACAAUAUGACAAACAAAUAACAUAAACAUAUAAAUAUAUUCUAUUUUUUAAACAAUGUUUCUUAGUGGUUUUCUUUCUGUUUUAUAUCCCCCCAUAUCUCUUUUACUGUUUUAUUUUCUUCAUUGUCCCUUUUUCUUUAUUUACAUUGUCUUUUCUAACAGUAAUAGCCUUACUUUUAUACAUUUCUAUAUAUUUGUUAUAUACAUAUUUUACAUUUCUAGUUUCUCUAUAUAUAUUUUGAUCUUUAUUUCUAGCCUCAAGCCAUUCACACCAUUCGUUCCAAAUUAUGUAAUAAUCUGUUUCUUCUUUUUCUUUAAAUUCUUUUGUUAACUUGUCCAUCUUGGCACAUUCUAAAACUUUUCCUAUCACUUCAUCAUCUGUUGGCAUCCUUUCCUGUUUCCAAUUUUGUGCAUAUGUUAUUCGUGCAGCUGUUAUGAUGUGUAAAAUCAGGUAUUUUAUUUCUUUGGUAUAUGAUCUCAUGAAUAUUCCUAAUAAAAAUGUUUCCGGCUUUCUUUCAGUUGGUUGGUUUGUUAUCUUUUCUAGCCAUUUCUUUAUAUUUGCCCAAAAAUUUUUUGCUGCCGGGCACAACCACCAUAGUUGGUAAUAUGUUCCAUGAGUUUUCUUGCACUUCCAACACGUUGAGGUAUUAUUUGGCAACAUCUUUGCAAGUCUUGAUGGUGGAAGGUGCCAUCUAUAGAGCAUCUUCAGCUGGUUUUCCUUGUAUGCUGCGGAUAAUGCUAGUUUUGAAUUUACUUGCCGCAUUGUUUCCCAUCAUUUGAAUUAAGUUUCGAGUAUCUUUUGCAGCAGGACAUAUGUUUACUAAUUCUAACACAAUAUGAAUGACCAUGUAGCUUAAUUCAGUGACAUUUAAUGUGUUCCAGUUCCUUGUAAAAGCAAGACUUCCUCUUCUUUAAAUUCAUUAAGGCUGCAAUUCUGCCUAUACUUUCCUAGGAAGAAAACAGCUACAAGU